AUGGACACGUUCUUCGUCUCCCACGGCUCUCCCACGCUCUCCAUCGACGACUCGCUGCCGGCGCGCCACUUCCUCAAGUCGUGGGUGCCCGCCGGUCUCGCCGGGCCGCAGCCGCCACGCGCCAUCCUCGUCGUCUCCGGCCACUGGGAGACCGACGCCCCCGCCGUCAACGUCAUCCACGGCACCAACGACACCAUCUACGACUUCUACGGCUUCCCCGACCAAAUGUACAAGCUGACGUACUCUGCGCCGGGCGCGCCGGACGUGGCCAAUAAGGCCAAACAGCUCCUGGAGGACGCCGGGUUCGGGCCGGUGGCCGAGGACCGCCGCCGCGGGCUGGACCACGGCGCGUGGGUCCCGCUGAUGCUCAUGUACCCGGAGGCCAACGUCCCCGUGUUCCAGCUCUCGGUGCAGACGGCGCGGGACGGCGCGUACCACUACGACCUCGGCAAGGCGCUGGCGCCGCUGCGGGAGGAGGGCGUGCUCAUCGUCGGCUCCGGCAGCGCCACGCACAACCUGCGCCGCAUCCUGCGCACGUUCUCCCCGACCAGCCACGAGCCGGUGCCGCGGUGGGCCGCCGAGUUCGACGCCUGGCUCAAGGAGUCCCUCCUCGGCGGCAGGCACGAGGACGUCAAGCGCUACCAGGAGAAGGCGCCGUACGCGGAGGAGGCGCACCCGCGGCCCGACCACUUCUACCCGCUGCACGUCGCGCUCGGCGCCGCUGGAGAAGGGUGCGAGGCGGAGCUCAUCCACCAUAGCUGGUCCAACGCCACGCUAUCGUACGCGUCCUAUCGGUUUGCCACCAAAAACUGA